AUGUUCAAAAAAUGUAACCUCAAGAGGGAUAAACUCCAACUUAGGAGGACUGGGAAACGCUUCAGGCGUUUUGCACGACACAUGUGGCGGCCCGGGACACACCACCUGGCGGUCUUUCAAUCAAAUGAGUUUGCCGGCGGACCCUCCACCACACCGGCCUCGGAGGAUAGCGCAGACGACAACUCGGAUGACAGCGUGUCGUGGACGCCGGAGGGUGAUGACCAGUCAGACUACAGCGCGUCUGAACCGUCCGAUACCGAUGACCAGUCCGGCGUUGCCAUGGAUUCAACAGAGACUGGUUCACCUCCACUGCCACGGACACUUGAGCCACAGGUGCUGGUCUAUGAAGACACACCAUGCAGUACCUUACAGGAGAUGAACAGCAGCGAGUCGGAGGAAGAUGACCAAAAAGCCGUAAAGCGUCCCCUUAAGAUGUCGCUGAGGCCAAGGAGGCUAUAUCGGUACCAUGGCGCUCGCAACCCCCAAUUAACACCAUCACCACAUGGGUCCCAGCAAAUUACAACGCAGCCAAUGACAACGCAGCCGCAGCCACCGCCACCGCUGGAGGACAAGACUGACCCGCCAGACGAGUUGGACAGCAGCAGCGAGUCCAAAGAAGGGUUGACAGCUGAGGAUGCAGAACAACUGCUGCAGACUUCUCUGAAAAAGCAGCGGGGGGAGGGUGUUGGCAUACACUGUGGACCUCAAGGAAGAUAUCAAGAGAGUCUUCCGUGAUGUGUGGAGUGACGUGAUCACCGUUGGAAUGAUGAAUGACAUCCUAAAUAAAGAGCCAGCACUUCUGAAGAAAUACCAAAAUUUGAAGUUGACCAUCCAUAAUUUCAGGGCUUUAGUCCACAAAUUGCAGAAAGUGAUUUUUUUAUUUUUUAUUUUUUUUAUGCAGCGU